CACGUUCCUUUUCAUUUCGCUUACAAAGCUUUCAGAAACUUUUUUUUGCUUUGAACGUUUUGAGUUCGAAAAGCUAGAAUCAGAAUUAUGAAUUUUCUCGAUUUUCUCGAUUUUCUUGUUCAUUUAGGUCAUGUUCUUGGACUUCUGGGAGGAGAUGAUCCUACAGUGACAACUCCUUCGACAGUCACGACGUUUCAGGGUUCGUCAACUCCUUGGAUUAUAGAUACAACCACUUUAGCGAAAAUCCAAAGCACGGAAUACUCGUCUUCCAUUUCGCCGAAAUUCUUAUCUACUCUUUCAUCAAUUUCUCAAUAUGAAACAACGACUGCAUCGAAUGGACUUACAACUGGAACUGGAUCAGCAUCUCAGAAAACUGAAUCAGUAGCUACAGCAACUGGAUCAAGUGUGAGCGAAAUCUUUCCGUCUACGACCGGAUCGCAAGUGACUGGUAGUGAUUCCCAUCAUACUGGAACACAGACGACUGGCACUGGAAUCUCAAGCACUGUAACAGGAUCACGAAUUACUGUAUCCGAGUCCCAAGCAACUGUGACCGGUUCUGGUGUUACCGAAUCUGAAACAACAGGAAAAGGAUCGCAAGGAACUGUAACAGGAUCUAAAGCAACUAUAACAGGGUCACAGUCAACUCUAACCACAUCUCAAGCUACUGUAACUGGCUCUGGGGCCACCGGAUCUCAAGCAACUGUAACAGGAUCACACAGGACCGUAACCGGGUCCCAAGCAACUGUAACAGGAUCACACAGGACCAUAACUGGGUCCCAAACAACUGUAACAGGAUCACACAGGACCGUAACCGGGUCUCAAGCAACUGCAACCGGAUCUGAGGUCUCCGGAUCCGAAACAACAGUAACAGGAUCAAGCGUUGUAACUGCAUCUGACACAACAGUAACAGGAUCAGGAGAAACGGUAACCGGAUCUGAUGUCACUGGAUCUGAAGCAACUGUAACAGGCUCUCAUGAAACCGGAUCAACAGAUUCUUCCACUGAAGUUAAUCCUACAGAAACUCCAGGUUUAUCCCGUGGUGCAGUCGCCGGCAUUGUUAUAGGGAGCUUAUUAUUAGUGGCUAUUGUCGCAGCUGGUAUAGUGUUUAUUGUCAAGCAGAAGAAUGAUCCAGAACUUCAGAAGUUAACAGUCUAAAAUAUUUUAAAAACUUUUAGGAAAAAUAUUUGUCACCUUUAUAGAGGACAAUCUAGUCAAAUGAACGCAAUAUCAUUUACGUAAUAACAUGUAUUUUAUACUUCUCUGAAUGUAUACAUUUUGAAAAAUAUAUUAAGUUUUUUUUUAA